GCCUUGCCUUGCCUUGCCUCUCCCACCCGUACCGUACGAGACCAACCAAAAAAUAAAUAAGAGUUUCUUCUGAAAUGGCGUCUGUGAAUAAUGGGAAAUGUCGCUUGUGUUGAAUUAAAUCCAAAACGUAGCAAUGAUCAAAGUACAAGAAGUCGAAAAUCCCCCUCUCUUCAAUCUCCCAUAUCUAAACACCUUUUCCACACUCUUCUUCAACCCAAACCCUUCUUCUCAAUUACACCCAACAAUUGGUACCAGUUCAAUCCGUCAUUCCAUCCUUUUCAUCAAUCAUUUUUGACUUUCUAUCGAUCGCCGUCUCAAAACAUUCCCAAUAGAUACCGAUGCGUCUCGACUAUUUGUUCCUCCCUCAAUCACGUUAACCUCAACUCGCUUGCUGCCAACAACACCCAUUUUUCACUUUUUCUCGUCCUCGUGUCAAAAUUGAAGCUAUUCAGAAGUUCCGCAACGCUUUCGUGCUACGAACGUCACCGCCAACAACAAUCACGGGGUACCUCCACGUCACGCCCAAAAAGCAAAACUUCAUCGUUGAAACACGUACACUUCGUCCGAGGUCAAUAGAUGGUGCAAUCACGCAUUUAAAUCCCCAAAUCCAAUAAUUGGCGUUUAUUUGUCAAAAAUGUCAAAUUCUCAUCACGUUCGCGGGGUUUCGCCACAGAUGGGUUCCAACAACAGCAAUUCCGAUUUAUCAUCCCCACCAAGAUCCAGUCCCGAGAUAGAUGACAUACAACUUCGUAAUGAUUCAAAUAGCAUCACCGUCAACCAAUCUAAUGGCGUCGGUUCAACGUCAGAAAAGCCAACCCGGAAGAAGGCCGUGAGGAAACCUAGACUAAAGGCCGGUGAUGCUAGUUCGGCCACCAAUACCGACGCUCCAAAACCUAAAAGAGUACGCAAACCAAGAGACCCUAAUGCUCCUCCUUCUGCACGAUCACGAAAGCCAAAGGCGACACCUUCCGAAAAUGCCAAUGGCGGGGAAUCAUCACGACAAACAAAGAUUACUGAGGCUCCGGGAAUGCAUUUGAGUGAUGUUAGUUUCAGCGCCCCUGCAACCCCACCAGUACAGAACGCUAUGAUUACCGCUUCGGGUCAAAGUGAGGCUAUUCCCAAAUCUUUCUUUAAUUCCGCCCCACCUCAACCAAAUCCUCAAGUUCCUCCGCCACAACAGGUACAGCAACAAGUACAGCAACAAGUACAGCAACAAGCACAGCAACAAAUCAGUCAACCCCAGUCACAGGUGGCAAUACAACAGCCACAACCACAGAGUGCUGUCCGUACGAGUGGUCAAAAUUAUGAUCCGAUUAGAUCUAAUUAUGAUCCUGUUCGAGAAACCCUCGUCAGUCACCACUCGUACAAUAAUUCUCAAGGUUCUCCCAUUCCACCCCAAGUCCCCAAUCGCGCAAGUGCAUCGCCUUCCAUCGCCAGUCUUGUCGACCCUCCUAAUCAGCCAUUGACCUCGCCGUCGGCUCACUCGUUUUUAAUGCAUCAACAACGUCAACAAGACGGACAUACUUCCUUACCUGCCUCCCCAAUUGUUAACAGGUUAGGCUUAUCAGCAAUGUCUGAGACAAAUAGUCCGCGGCCCUUUGCACCUACCCCAACAUUAACCUCACAACCAAUGCCUGCUCCAACACCACCUACUGCACCAAUUGUUUUGGUGCAAAAGGAACCUCAAGUUUCAAACGGUAAUUCCAAUAAGAAAGCCGUAACCAACGGAGUAUCUGGAACAUCAACGCCAAAGCCACCGACGAAGGGCAAAGAGAAAGAGAAAGAAAAAGAUAUUCUUCUUACCCCGCCGCCACUUCCUGGUUCAGGCCUGAUGGGAUUGGGAGGCAAUGAUGGUACGGAGACGCGUGCCCCCACGAUUGUUCUGGAUAUCCCCUUGAAUGGCGAUGUAAAUAUUUAUGUCAAUUUCGCUCGUACGGCCGAGGAGAAAUAUGGCUGGGAUGCUUUACACCCCCGAUUGGCAGCUCAACGUGAUCGGCUCGCAAGGGUUGCAGCAGCAGGUGCAGCCUUGGAGAGAAAUGGCUCCAACAAGGAGAGUGGUGAUGAAAUGUCACUAGAUUCUGAAGGAGAGGGUAGUAAUGUUGAGAUGGGUGGAAUGAGUGAUGGGCGAGUGGGUACUGAUAGUGGUACAAGGAAAGCUAAGGCUGCUCCCAAGAGAAAGACCAAGGAGGAUGAGUACGACAAAGACGACGGCUUUGUUGACGAUUCGGAGAUGAUUUGGGAGGAACAAGCUGCCGCUGUAAAUGAUGGCUUCUUCGUAUAUUCUGGUCCUCUCGUUCGAGAGGGUGAGAAACCAACACUCGAGAGGGGUGAGGGUCCAGCAAAGAAACCUCGAGUUCGAAAGCCAAAAGCUGCCACUGGCGAGAAAACCACCACAAGUCGUGUCAGUACGGGUGGUAAAGCUGCUGCUACAUCAAGCGGAGCGGGUUCUCGUGGUGGGAACACAGCAGCACGUAAAGCUCGUAUCACGAAAGCUGAUCGUGCACGCAUGGAGCAAGAGAAAAUUGAACGAGAGCAGAUGGGUUCCAUGGCUGGUAUGCCGGGAGGAUAUAACACCAUACAACUCGCACCGAGUUUGGGAGGAACACCCAUGGUUUUUAAUCAGUAAGGUCAAAUAAUGGGAUGGAUGGCAUCUGGCUGGGGUCAAUGGACGGGCAUAUUUUUUUGUAGAGUUUUUUGUUCUUGAAAACAUCACUUCCUUGUAUGGGCGGAAAUGGUUAACUUACCAAGGCGUUGGGAAGGGCGGAUCGAAAUGCAUAUGGAGUAUUGGGUUGGUUGGGAUUUCAAUCCAUGCGCAUACAAUACUGGUUGUACAUUAGACUGCCUAUCUUUGCAUGACUGAACAGUUCUAUAUUUUUUUGACUGUACGAGUAUAUUGCAGAAUCAAAAUUCGAGAUGUUAUAAUAUUCA